UGAGGCCGGGCCGGGCUCUGGAAGCAGGGCCUGCCAUCCCAAGAUGAGCAUGCACGGCAAGAGGAAGGAGAUCUACAAAUACGAGGCGCCAUGGACCGUGUACGCCAUGAACUGGAGCGUCAGGCCCGACAAGCGGUUCCGCCUGGCGCUCGGCUCUUUCGUCGAGGAAUACAACAACAAGGUGCAGAUCGUGGGCCUGGACGAGGAGAGCUCCGAGUUCAUCGCCCGCAACACCUUCGACCACCCAUACCCCACCACCAAGAUCAUGUGGAUCCCAGACACCAAGGGCGUCUACCCCGACCUACUCGCCACCUCCGGGGAUUACCUGCGGGUCUGGAGGGUGAGCGAUACAGAAACUAGGCUGGAAUGCUUACUAAAUAAUAACAAGAACUCUGACUUCUGUGCGCCUCUGACCUCAUUUGACUGGAAUGAAGUGGACCCAAAUCUCUUGGGUACUUCCAGCAUAGACACCACUUGUACAAUCUGGGGUCUAGAGACGGGACAGGUACUAGGACGAGUCAAUCUGGUCUCUGGUCACGUGAAAACGCAGCUCAUUGCUCAUGAUAAAGAGGUGUACGACAUUGCAUUCAGCAGAGCAGGAGGUGGCAGGGACAUGUUUGCCUCUGUGGGUGCAGAUGGUUCAGUGCGUAUGUUUGAUCUUCGACACCUGGAGCACAGCACCAUCAUCUACGAAGACCCCCAACACCAUCCAUUGCUUCGCUUGUGCUGGAAUAAGCAAGAUCCCAAUUACCUGGCUACAAUGGCAAUGGAUGGAAUGGAGGUGGUUAUUCUUGAUGUUCGUGUGCCCUGCACUCCUGUGGCCCGACUAAACAAUCACCGAGCAUGUGUAAAUGGCAUUGCUUGGGCUCCACACUCAUCCUGCCACAUCUGCACUGCAGCGGAUGACCAUCAGGCGCUUAUUUGGGACAUCCAGCAAAUGCCACGUGCCAUCGAAGACCCCAUCUUGGCCUACACAGCAGAAGGAGAAAUCAACAAUGUCCAAUGGGCAUCAACCCAGCCUGACUGGAUAGCAAUUUGCUACAAUAACUGUCUUGAGAUCUUACGGGUGUAGUCUGUAGACCUACACUAGUUGAGUGAGGGAGAUGGGGCCUGUUGUAUGUAUGUGCAGUGUGAAUGAGUUAAAGUUAAGGAUGUUUGUGCUGAUUCUCAGUGUUGUGUUAUUGUAUACAGAGUGCAAUUGGCCCUUUCUGGGCCCAGAGUAACUUUUUUUUGGAUUCCUGAUCCAUUUCCCCCACUCCCCCUUUUUAAAAAAAUUGCUAAACCAGCUAAGAAGGGAUGAAGUUUUUAUUCAAUCAGUUAGCCCCAUCUCUGGUAAUGUCCAUUCUGUAGUACAGCAGCAAUCUCUUUAUAAAACGUCACUGUAAGUAAGACUCUCAAUUUUACAAUUGGGCUAAUACCAGCUGGGAUAAUUCGAAAUUCUAGUUUCAGAACAGUUCUGUUCUCUGAUCCACUUCAGCCAUGUAAUUUUACUGUACUCCAAUAAGGGACUUGGGUCCCCUGCAACUGUGAGCUAUCCUUUGUGCUAGAUGUGUGGCAGUUUUUUUCCUUUGAUUGAAAAGUGGGAAUGUCUUUUUUCAGAAAUUAAUAUUGGGGGAAUGCUUUAGCAACUUGAGGCCAUAAAAUCAGGUUAUGGUGAAGUUUACCAUCUGGAGUGAAGGUUCUCUGAAGUACCUAGACAGUGAGGGGAAUGAUGGAGUGAUGCAGUCAGCAAUGAUCAGUGCUUUUUGAGAAUGCACCCGACUCCACCCCCACAUCAGCAACAUCAUCCCCAUUCAACUGUCUUCAUGAGCAAGGUGAAUAUGCACAGACAGCCUUAACACCAGAAUGUCACUCCGAGAGCAAGGGUCUUGUGGAAACGGCCUGCAGAACAUGAUUAUUCUUUGUUCAGUUAUUCUGUAUUUUUCCAGGUUGCACACCUUUACAGCUCGGCCUCUCGUAAUGAGGUGUUGCUCCCAUUCCUGGAAACGGGGAGCACCAUGAAGUGACAGAAUUGGUAGCAGAGUGGACGUUGUGCAAUGGCUGUUGCUGACGCUGCUUGCCAUUGGGGCCACCUUUUUACUUUGCCUACAAACUGACAAGUUAUCUCAGCCAGCCCAUCCAAAUCUGCAAUUGCAGUUUCCGUAUCACUGGUGUGUAAUAGCCUUCACCCUGCACUCAGCCCUCUGUUGAUCUGUUGUGUUUGUCAGCUUCGAAUCUAUGCUUUGAUAUAAACAGGGUGAAUUUGGAACAUUUUUUUCCAGUGUAACUGGAUUGUCGAAUGCUGUUUUAUACUGGUUGUGUGAUAUAAACUCAGCUAUGCUGAAAUGGGGGCUUGUGACCUAUGAGAGCUGUGCUCACUGCUUUACCCCACCAGCAGUUUUACACUGCCUAUUGUGAGGGCGAGGAUGGUAUGGGGAUUGUGCAAAUCCUUCGGUAUUGAUGGUAUUCCCUCAAGUGAGGUGGUCAAUUAAAAAUUAACAAAAGCCAUUCCAUUAUGAAGGUUGUAUCUUGAGGCAGUAGGAACUUAUUUAUGCUUUGUCACUGCAGUUUACUUUAUAUAUCCCUAUCCUGUCACUUCCCCACCAUCCAACCUAUAGAGCAGGUGUGGAGGAUGAGCAAACACUAUAUAAUGUUAUUUGAGGGAAUGGACGGAAAAGACACACUGUGACGAGGUACAAUUGAAAAGCAAUAAAAAUAACAAACCUGCACAGCACAGCUGCAGUUAGGCUCUAGUGGCUGUGUUGGGCUAUUUUUGUGUGACCUGUUUGUCCAGUCCCUGUGUUCUGUAAUCUAGGCUUGUCACUUUUCCUGUCUGUUGAAGAUGGUACAAAACUAACCAGCUCUUUUAUUGCUUGGAACACAGAUUUGUGAAUUCGAUGAUAUCUUCCAGCAGCAGUUUGCAAGGGGAGGUGUCAGGGGAAGAAGGGAUGUGGAAUGUUUUUCCUUUUAGGAUGUUCUAUGCAGAGCCUGUGCUCUGCUUUGGGAGUGGAGCUGUAUAGGGCUGUGUGUGUUGAAAUAUACAGUAUGCGCCAGAGUUCUCUUUAAAACUGCUUUAGAUGUUAAAGGAGAAGAUAAGACAAACAAAGUACCUUUAUGUUUGCAGCUGGUAAUUGCUGGGGAUAUCACAGACCAACUUGGGAAGAAUAAAAACAGAAUUACCUGGAA